UCACAUACAUUCCCAUUUGUGUUUGUGGAUCCUAUUGUCCUAUGCGUCACCAUUCGUCGCCCUCUGAAUAAAGGCUGUCUGGCUCCCAGCUUAAAUAUUGCAGCAAACUAAAAACCAACCAUCAGACCGGAUUCAUUCACUUCUGCUCAGUGGUGCGACAAGUAGUGGGGGCCUUAGGUGGGAACCAGAGAGCAAAAAAGUUCACUUCAUACCGCAGGGUGCCAAGAGAAGGGGGAACACGACUACUCUGGAGCUCUAACUGUGGCAAGUUGCCCAUUUGAUACCAUUAACCUAUUGCUGCUUGUUCCAGAAGGAUCGUUUUUGACCUGGUGCUGUCAGGUUGUUGCAACUGUGGGGUAUUUUUUUUUCUUUUUGCUUUUUAUCUUUUUGCAACUUUUUUGAGUUUUAAAUUUAGAUUUUUUUAGGGUUAAGUGAUAAAGUUUGUGACUUUGGACUUGUUGUUUUUGCAAGCGAGCGACUCUACAUGCCUCGGCUUGUUCAUGAUGGCUUUUUUUGCGGCUACAUUUAACUAUGGAGAACAUAAACCCAUGUUGCAAUUUUAAAAUCAAUUUUUUUUACGGAUUUUGAGAUUUUGUAACAGGUUGCUCUGACUUCAAUUAAAUUGAACAUGUUUUAAUUUAAAUUUAAAAGCUCUUUAGUGUAUACAAAGACCAAAGCGGAGUCUGUUACCUGCUUUAAACAAAUUCUUGCACGUUUUGGCUGGUGUAGUUAAUCGUUUUAUGUAGUUUGCGUUUGUCAGUUUGCAGAGUUCCCUUUAUUCUUUGUAAUUUUGGCAUUAAACAGGCCUAAUUUUUUACAUUCUUCUUUCCAUCCUAUCCCAUCCCACCCCCUAUUUACAGUGUUGAUCGUCGACCAUGGGUGACUGGAGUUUCUUGGGAAACAUCCUUGAGGAAGUCAACGAGCACUCGACGGUGAUCGGCAGGGUGUGGCUAACUGUCCUCUUCAUCUUCCGCAUCCUCAUCUUGGGCACGGCGGCCGAGUUUGUCUGGGGCGACGAGCAGUCGGACUAUGUGUGCAACACGCAGCAGCCGGGUUGCGAGAACGUCUGCUAUGACGAGGCCUUCCCCAUCUCUCACAUUCGCCUUUGGGUUCUCCAGAUCAUCUUCGUCUCCACACCCUCACUGGUGUACGUGGGUCACGCUGUGCACCAUGUGCACAUGGAGGAAAAACGCAAAGAGCGCGAGGAGGCCGAGCUGAGCCGGCAGCAAGAGGCCGGAGAGGAGCGCCCGCCGCUCGCCCCCGACCAGGGCAGCGUCCGUACAGCCAAGGAGACCAGCACCAAGGGAAGCAAGAAGUUCCGUCUGGAGGGGACGCUCCUCCGAACCUACAUUUGCCACAUCAUCUUCAAGACACUCUUCGAGGUGGGGUUUGUGGUAGGUCAAUACUUCCUCUACGGCUUCCGCAUCCUACCGCUCUACAAGUGCAGCCGCUGGCCGUGUCCCAACACAGUCGACUGCUUUGUUUCCAGGCCCACAGAGAAGACAGUCUUUAUCAUCUUCAUGCUCGCUGUGGCCUGCGUCUCGCUCUUCCUCAACUUUGUGGAGAUCAGUCACUUGGGCCUCAAAAAGAUCCACUUUGUCUUCCGCAAGCCAGCCAGGCCGCAGAUCGAGGGGUCCGGGUCGUCUGAAAAGCCUUCCAUGGCCGUUUCCUCCAUCCAGAAAGCCAAGGGCUACAAGCUACUGGAGGAGGACAAAACCCCCUCGCACUUCUUCCCAAUGACAGAGGUGGUGGGCAUGGAGGCAGGGCGGCUGCCGGCGCCAUACGAGCCAUUUGUGGAAAAGACAAAUGGGAGGGAUUCAAGACCGCAGGAAGACAUGUCGAAGGUGUACGACGAGACUUUGCCCUCCUACGUCCAGACGACCAUGGUGGGGCCGAGCGGGGCUUGCGGGGUUAUCCGGCUAGAUGACGACGAGAUGCCUGUGGAAGCGGACGUGGACGCCAGCGAGACGAUAGAAGACACAAGACCGCUCAGCAGCCUGAGCAAGGCCAGCAGCCGAGCGAGGUCAGACGACUUGACAGUAUAAACAUAUAGAACUGGAUUAGAAAUGCAGCAAUAUAAAAGUGUAGUCCUACUGACGAGAAGGUGAGAGAAAAAGAGAGAGAGGGCUUGCUUUAAGGCAACUGUGAUGACACUUCUAAUACCAGCUUGUUAUUUUAAAAGCGUUUAAGAGAAAAAAAGGAUAAAAAAAAUUCAUGCUGUGCAAUUUUUUUUGCGAGAAAAACUUGAGUUAAAAUCUUUUUUAUACAGCAGUAUUUUUUUUACUGUUUUUAUCAAGCGAAUUGAAAAAGUGAACAAACCAAAAGUUAAGAGAUGCUCUCAUCAGUAGGAUCCAUAUGGUGAGGAGAGAAUAAGAUCUGUUAUAUAAUAUCAAAAGGAGAAAUGUGCUGUUUUUUUAAAUCACAUUUUCUAUCCAGAAUUUUAACAAUCUAAGAAGUCAACUUCAAAAUGUUUACAUUUUUUGGAUUAGCCAUUUAGCUAAAUGUUGUAUGUGUCGUUUUAUUACGAUUAUUAUUUUGAUAAGCAGAUGAUUUCUGCAAUGCUGUCAGGGUAACAUCAUUUUCACCUCAAUAACUCAUCCAAAUACAACAAUGGAUCAGUUAAUCUUUUUGGUUUUGUGCGUGUCCUGUGCAUUCCUGUUAUGUCCAGCUUGGCCUACAUGUAUGUGAGAGGUGAAACAAAUGUUAAUUGAUUCAUUGCACAGUUGCAUAUGGUAUGGUAUACUCUACUAUAUACAUAUAUACAUAUAUAUCUAUAUAAAAGGAAUGACCACUGGCUUAUUACGUUAAAUGUGUAGCAUAAUUCUGUACUCUCAUGAGAUGCUCUUCAUUUGAACACGCUCUAGAUAAGUGUAUAUUUGGUGGAAACUGCGUUCGCCAUGGGAACGAACAUGGGCCAGAUUCUUUCUAGCCACUCUGUGCAUGCAGCCACGAUGCUGAUAAAGAUCACGCCAAAUCAGCACAACGUAUUGUUGAACUAGAGACAAUAAAAAAACAGGCAUUACAGACAACUGGGCGUCCUUGACAUUGUUCUAAAGAAAACAACUUUUUUUAACCUCGGUUGAUCUGUGAUUUUUAUUUAUCCUGCUUUAUAUCUAAGUUAUAACAAUUGUACCAAAGUUUGUACACGCUUAUGCUGCAUAGCAUUUACCUCAUCAGAUGUCAGAGCUGGGAAUGAUCUCACGCCUGAGUUGACUGUGUUCCAUUUUAAACAGUUUUACACUAUUUCAAAACUUAAAAAAAAAACUGGUUAGCCAAAGACUUUGGAGUUUACUGAACUACAAAACUAGUUUUCCAAUCAUUUCCAAGUGUUUUAAUGCAAAUACAACCAAUCUAUAUUUCAAAAUAUUGUUAGCAUUGUUAGCAUUAUUAGCAUUAUUAUUAUACAAGUUGAUAAACUUGAUGAUACAUUAUCCAGUUUUGUGCACAUCCAAACACAAAGGAAACUUUUACACAGAGACACAAAUAAAUAGAAGUUCUGUAUAAGUUAACUGUAUACGACUGCUACUUCUACUACCAUUGAUGUGCAGAGCCGCCAUCUUGAAUUUGGAACUCUAACUAGCGUGGCGAGGUUUUCCCAACUCUGAGUGGAAAAUCCUACUAAUUUUUGGGAUGUUACAGCUGAAAUUUUCUACUUUAAACUCGGAAAUUUUGACAUCUGAGUUUGAAAUGAAAUGCAGCAUGUGUGUUUAAACUUGGUGUGUUUUGGAUGAAAAAUAGGAGGAGGAGUUUAUACGUCUUAGUCCACUGACUGGAAAAACUUAAUUAUGCUUAAUUCAAAGUAAGUCUUAAUCUCCUUAAUUUAUCUGGUGGUGUUGUGUUGCUGCUUAACUUUGGCACAGAUUGUUCAAAAAUGGAAACUUUAAACUUCCUUCUCAAGCUGAAAUUUAGCUUAAGAUAGAAACCCAAAAUGAUUUUCUUAGAAAGGGGUUCCUUUCUAAGUUUACAAUGUCUCUAAGUCGGAACUGUCUUUCCCAGAAGCUGAAUAAACUAAGUAAAGCCUGAAAAUACAACUGAAUGAUUGAGUACAUCAUUCAAACAAACUCCACUUAAAAUGUGAAUCCAAGGCCAAUCCAAAAGGCUUGACUAGACUUUUUUUUUACGUAGCUGAAUCAUUUACCACUCUGCUGCCUCUACAUGCCCAAUUUCAAAGACAGAAGCUAAGAUGUAUGGUACAUAUGUUCACACAUUUGCAGUUUCAGUUUUACACAGCGUCCCACGCAGUGCCUGUAGAUCAGAGUAGAGGUUAACCUGACCACAAUGAACACGACUCAAAAUAACAGCAGAUAUCAAACUAUUAUAAUUAUAAUUGGCGCUGCUAAUCGGCAGAGAACUGUACUGAGACGUGGAAGUUUAUUUAUGUACUGAAAUAUUCUUCUGUAGAUAUCAUGUUCAGCAGACAUCGUCAGAGCCGCAUGCGCUCAUUACGAUGUAAUGAUUUCUACACUAGCCACCUGAAAAUGGGUUUAUACAAAUGCUCUCGAGUCUUUUCUCGAGGAUGGAGGAUUGUGGGGUGGUAUGUGAUGUACUGCUGUCGAGACUAUUAUUGAUAAAGCAAGACUGUAGAAAAAGAUCUGUUUGGUGUUUUUGCUUAAAAGAAAGAAAAAUAGAACUACUAUAGAAACACUACUGAGGCAGUUGAAAUUUCUUGUCACAAAAUAUAAUAUCCAGAAAGCUCUUUUUGGGGGUUCUGUGUGUUUGUUAUUUAGUUCUCCUUUUUUAAAGUGCCAAGCCUUCUUUUAUUCCUUUUCUUAACUCAAAAAAGAGACCUUUGACUAACUUGUAAUACAUUAUUGCUCAUAUAACUGCAUGCAAAUGUGUCAUCAUUUGACAUCCUGUGGACACAAACAAUAAAAAAGUCAUGUGUGGUCAGAGAA